AUGAAGAACAUACUCUGCAUUUUACCCUUAUUGGCACUCGUUUGCAAUGCUGAUAAGAUUGAAGUAAAACCACAACCCACUGAAGAAGACCCUCAAACGUCUCUUUAUAUUGGUGAUUCAUUGAUUUGUAACAGUGUGGGCUGUUAUCCAAAAGUGUUUGAGCCUUCUGACGAUUGGAAAGUGGUCAAACCGGCUCAACAGCUACCUGCAGGUUUAGAUAUUAGAAUUAAUUUGGAUACUGGCUUAAAAGAGGCAAAGCUGGGUGAUAAGAAGACUAGGACUACUGUUGAGACCACCUCGGUUGAAAAUGCUAUUGAAACUUUAAUUGAAAGUUCAAUUGAAAAUUCAAUUGAAUCUACAAUUACAACUGAAACGUUACAGUCAGUUUCCACUGAGAAUAUUGAAACUAAUACACUCGAUACUGUGACUGCUACGUUAAUUUCAGUUGACAAAGGAAAUAUUGAUGAGUCAUCAGAAACUUUGGAAUCAACGAGUUCAGAAUCUACUGCGUCCAUUACUACUAAAGAAUCUACACCUGCAUCUGCAUCUGCAUUAGAAACUACAAGCUUAGAAACUACAAGCUUAGAAACUACAAGCUUAGAAACUACAAGCUUGGAAACUACAAGCUUAGAAACUACAAGCUUAGAAACUGCAAGCUUGGAAUCUACUACAUCAACAACUAUUGCAGGAUUUGUUGCAUCUGAAUCCACAUUGGAUUCAACGGUUUCUACAUCCGUCACAUCGACUCUAGAAUCGACAAUCGCCGAAACAAUUGCAUCUAUAUCCACUUUAGAGUCUGCCAGUUCACCUUCUGUAGAAACUGCUAACUCAGUUGCUCCUGAUUCUGCUAGUUCAACUGCUUUAGAAGAAACUACUAGUUUAACUUCUGUAGAAUCUGCUAGUUCUGUUACUUUAGGAGAUUCCAGCUCAUCUGUCUUAGAAACUGCCAGCUCUGUUACUUUAGAAUCUACUAUUUCCUCUACUGUAGAAACUGCCAGCUUUUCCUCAUCAGAACCCCCCGUUUCAUCAACUGAUUCAUCUCUUUCCAUAACAGAUGCUUCUACUGAAUACGAAUUCUCUCAACAAUUCAAUCAAAUUAGACAAUUAUUAAAACAAAACUCCAUAGAUGAUUACAAUAAAGCUGAAACUCUUCUUGAUGAUUUAAUUGAAUAUUCUCAUGAUUAUAAAUAUGGAUUUUCAAUAAUUACUCAUGAAUUUGUUUUAUUAAAAGAUACAAUGUUAAAUCCAUCUUACCCAGUCUCAUUAAGAGAAGUCACUUCUCGUAUAAUCAUUGGUUGUUUAAGAAAUAAUCCACCUGUCAUUGAAUAUAUUAUUACUAAUUAUCCAACUUUUAAAGAUGAAAUUUUCCAAUGGUUUCAAGGUUUGAAAAUUCAAAAUAAGGUCAAAAUUAUUUCAUCUCAAGAUAUUUUAAUUAAAAGAUAUAUGUCAAUUCUAGAUGAAUUAUUACCAAUUGACUAUGAUUUCUCUGAUAAGGAUCUACAAUCCUUUAGUUUCACUUACGAUUUAUUAGAUAAUAAAAAUACUAAAUUGAAAAUGUUGGAACUUGUCUCCAAUUUAUUUUCAAAUGAAGUAGAAUUAAGAAACCAUGCUGAUAUUACAAUUUCUCAAAAAUGGUGCAAUGAAUAUUCAACUUUUAUUCAAGAUUCAACAAUUGAUGAAUUACAUUUACGUAAAUUUUUUAGAAGUUUAUCAACCAUUAAAAAAGUUUAUGGUUCACAAUUAAAUCUAAAUUCAUCAUUUACUAAAUGGCUUUCUAAACAGGCGGAUACUAGAAAUAAAAGAUUAAAUAAUGGAUUAAAGGAAAGAGAUUUGGAACAAGAUUCUUUCGACAAAUUAUUUGUAGAAAGUAGACACGUAUUAUUCGGCAACCCAUUUGCUCAAAGAGUUAAACAACAACAAUUACAAGAGACUGAGCCACAAGACCGAUUCGAAGACGAAUUUUAA